CACAAACAAGGCGACUACUGGAGGAGAAAGCGACUGGGGGCAAGGUCCGCUUCAGCCCUCGUUAGCUUUGACUCUUCUCAGGAAUGCCCUCAGAGGAGUUUGUGCGUGGGAUGCUCUACUUGUCCCUCACCGUUGUGGGAGUCCCGGGAAACACCGCCGUCAUCCUGGCGUUCCUCCUCCUGUUCUACCAGGAGAACCGGCUCCUCCCAGCGGACGCUAUUGUCCUGCACCUUGCAUGCGUCAACCUCCUUGUGGUGGGCGUCCGCUGCCUCCUGGAGACCCUCGCCUCCUUCAGCCUGGCCUCCAUCUUUGGAGAUCUGGGCUGCAAAGCCGUGAUAUUUGUCUACAGGACAGCCCGCUCCCUUUCCAUCUGGCUCACCUUCGUGCUGAGCGCGUACCAGUGCCUGAGCUUCGCCCCUCCUGGCUCACGCUGGGCCUCCAUACGUGCUGUCGUAGCUCACUAUCUCGUCUUUGUGUUCCUCUUCCUCUGGGCUGUGAACACCUGCAUGAGCUCUGCAGCUGUGCUCUUCUCCUUUGGCACAGAGAGGAACUCCAGCCUCAUAAGCCACAGCAUCAACGUGCAGUUCUGCUACGUUCACUUCCCGUCAAAGUUGUCCAAAGAGGCCAACGGGGCGGCUCAGGUGGGCAGAGAUGUUGUGCCCAUGGCCCUCAUGACUCUAGCCAGCCUCAUCAUCCUCGUCCUACUCUACAAGCACAGCAAACAGGUGAAGGGGCUCCGCAGCAGCAGCGGAGUGAGUGGAGGGGCCGACCGCCGAGCUGCCAAAGCCGUGGUAACGCUUGUGACCCUGUACGUGGUCCUCUAUGGGGUGGACAACGGGCUGUGGGUGUACACUCUCACCGUGAAGACCAUGACUUCCUCCCUGAUCUCUGACCUGCGGAUCUUCUUCUCCUCGCUGUACGCGACGCUCAGCCCCAUCAUCAUCAUCGCGUCCAACAGGAAGGUGAACGGCAGGCUGAGGUGUGCCGUGCAGGAGAAGAAUGUCAAAAAGAAAGCCUCUAGUCUGACUGCUGAUCGCUCAUGAUAAGGACAGAUUUUUACUUAACUUUUAACUAAUUUAUAAACUCAGUUUUAAGUACACAAUUGGGAAGUGACAAAGUGCACAUACCUUAUGUUCCAUAGAUGGAGAUUUUCACGUAUUUGUAAUUUUCUUUAGUAUGUAUUUCUCUGAAAACUUUUAUACCAUUACCCCGUACAUUUUAACAAACAUAUCAGCACUCUCUUCUUCUUCUUCUUCUUCUCCUUACAUUUUCAAAACAGGCUUCUUACUUUAGAUGUAAUGCAUCUUCUGGGGCUUUUUUUAGACAGCACAGUUUGAGAGCGAGACAGUAAACAUGGGAGAGUGAUGGGGGGAUUACAUGAACUAAAUAGCAUCAGGAUCAGGAGUCAAACCUGCAACCUGUGCCAGGAGGACUGUAGCCUUUGUACACACAGUGCCUGCUCCACUGACUGACUGAGCUAAACCAGCGCCCUGAGCUUUAAUGCAUCUAAGGUUAAUCAGGCAAAAUGAUCUAUUUUGCGAGAAAGGUUUCGACCUAAAUGAACAAGACAAUAACAUAUAAAAGGAAAAAAAUGUGUUGAUCCAUAAGUGGAUAUAACAAACAACACAUGGAACAUUGAAAACAAAGCCAUGUGAAGUUUUAACUAUUGUGUAAUACUGUUAGAUUGUAGGAUGACUACAUAUAUAUCAAGCUAUAGGGGGACUACUGAGGAAAACUAGCUCGUCAGAUAACUCUGGUCCAUUUAUGGCUGUUUGAGGUUGAUUGUGUUAAAGGUCGCCUUUUUAAAAUUGACCACACAGACUGGAAAAUAAAUAUAUAGUGUAAGGGGUGUUUAUUGAAUACGACACACUGAUUGUGUUUCAGGAAUGUUCAUGGUGAUGGUUUCAUGUUUUGUCACAUUUUAUUUGAAGUAGGAAUGAUUUCAUGAAAGU